AGUGCGGUACAUCGUAAUUAUGCUCAGUGGGAAUCCUAUCACCCAACAAGUUAGUAUUCAUUCAUUUGUUGAUGGCACACAACACGACUGCCUGCGUCUGGCGAAAUCCACCGACAGCUUAUACAUCUCCAAACAGUCCUGAUAAUUUAUAACAAGAAGUCAUGUACGAUUCUAUUCUUACUCUCAUGGAUAACUUCACGUUUGGAAAAGACGAUUCUCUUUUCGUUCUUGCAAACAUCAGUGAUGUUGCUCCUGGUGCAGAAGGCAGUGGCUUUAUGCGCAUCUUUACCGUGGUAGGGCUUGCCUUGUUGUCUUUGUCUGGGGUAGUUGGCAAUACCUUAGUUUGUAUCGUACUUCAAAAAAUUCGCAAGAAGUCCUCGAUGGACUGCUUGAUCCUGGUUCUUGCACUGGCGGACCUCGGGAUUCUCAUAGUCGAAGUUCCAAUCAUCCUUAUUCGAAUACAACUGGAUGAGAUAUGGCCUCUGGGAGAAGCAACGUGUAAGCUGGUCUACCCAAUACAAGAUGUUUUUUUCGGUAUCUCGAUCUGGGUGAUAGUCACGAUUGCGUUGGAAAGAUACCAAAAGAUAGUACACAUCGCUAAGGGGUUUGUCCGCCGUCUUCGCAGAGAACUCUAUCUCAUCGUCGUUGCCAUUAUUGCCUUAAACUUUCUUGUGUUCUCGCUACCUCUCUUCUUUCUGGUGGAUUUUAAAAAGGUCUCAGGGUCCUGGUAUUGCGUAGUCCAGUGGCCCGAAUGGGCGGAGUUGCCAGGACACAUGAACAUUGCCUAUCAGGCGCAUACUAUCCUAAUUGUCAUAGCAGGUUACCUGUCUCCACUGGGCAUAAUACUGGCAACGUACGCCUCGAUCUCCCGUCAUCUUAAAAAAAGCAAUUUCUUUCUUCGCCGAUGUGUCCCUACUUGCCCCGAACAAGCCCCUAUACCUGGCCAGUCAUUGAGGUUAAAGCAAAAUGCCCGGGCCAAACGUUUAUUAACACCGGUUGUUGUUGCUUUUGCUGUAACAAUGUUGCCCCUAAACGUGCUGCGGCUUGCGGUCAUUUACGUUAAAAUUCCCAACUCGGCUUUCAGGGUGAUUUUCCCUGUUGCUUGCGCACUGGUGGCAGUGAACUCGGUUGUUAACCCCUUUAUCUAUACUUUUACCAACAAAAACUUUAAAUUAGCGGUGAAAAGGUUGUUUUGUGGGGGUGUCAGCAAAAACAUGCAGUGGACAGGGAUUUUCUCUUCAAGGCGGCAGAGACAAUAUGAAAUAACGCCUGCACCAGCCAGUUCUGUGUGAAGCUAAUGUGACGAGCAGAGCAAGAAACAGCAUGGUCUGCCUUGGCAGCGUGUCUGGAAACUGGACAAAAGAUAAAAAGAAAUCAACAUUAGAAUAGCGCACGAGCGCCCAGCUAGAUUAGAAAGGACAAAUGAAAAAAAUAUCCAUUCAACAAACCACAAAUUUAACUAAAUUAAUUUGAAAAAGAAAAUAGAUGAAAAAUAAACGCAAACCUUUGAAUAACGAACAGUAGAAUAUUAAGUUUUGAAAAGAAAGUAUAUGCAAAAAGCCUAAUAACUGACGAUUCUUUCAAUACGAAAAGACCGCUCAAUAGAAAGUAGAAAAAGAUUAACACUAUAGUGACUACGGCUUUAUUUCAUUUCUAUUUCCUUCAUGUUACUCUGUAUUGUGUAUCGCUAACGGACUUCUUCCUACAUUAGUAACUGAACGUAUGGUCCAAGAUGCAAUUUUACAAUUUCUUUUGAAAUUAGUAACCGUAUCGGCUUACUCAUAUAGCUACUUUCAUCUCGACAAACAGAGCAUAUAAAAAAGAAAAACAAGGAAGGUAGAGGUCCCAGUAUGUAAAGAGCUUUCAUCCCUGGCUCCGUGACUAUGGCUGCAAGCUACAUUUUUAUUCGUGCAUUUUAUUAUAUGAUUGAUUUCAUUGCCGACUGAUUUGAUAUAAAAGCAUCCGUGUCAUUAUCUUUUUUAUGACGGUAGCCGCCAAUUUGCAGAAAAAUUAGAUCUUAUCAGUGAGCGAUAUCAUUUCCCCAAGCUAGAGAGGUGACAUAUUCAAAAGUACCGUUAGUAUUUCUUGAUAUCAUUGUAGAAAGUUGUAGAAGUAAAAUAAAAAAUAAACGAAUCUGAUCUA